UGUUGAUUGUCAACAAAAGGGAGGAAAAUAGUUUUCGCUGUCCCCUAACUUUAUUUUUACGUUUUCUUUUUCCUUCCUGUUUUAAUUUUUCUUACUUUAUUUUCCAUUUGUUGAACAAACCCUUUUUCGCCCUUCUAAGCACGCCGGUAGUAAGUUUUUAAGCGAAUUCCCUCUUUGUUUCGGACUUUCUUUGUAUUAUAACCCGACAAUGGUGGUAAUGGGCAAAGCCCAGAAUGAAGUGCCUAUGAUUGACAGUCCACAGUCCGAUGCUAGCAGUCUCCUGGCCGCUGCGUUGCAGCAAAUGGAUGGGAUCAUUUCAGAUCUUCCUUUGCUGCCAAGGGAGGACGCGACCCAUCCUCUGCAACAGUUUUCACUGUGAAAUGGUGCCGUGAUCAGCGUUGCUGGAUGCCCGGCGGCUGGUGGUGCAUACGGUUCUGCGACCAAGUCUCAACGACGAACUCGGUCGAGACGGCCCUGGCAGGCGUGUGCAAGACAGCCCUCAAUGGAGUGGGACUGGAAGGGGUGGAACGGACAUCCGGAGGUGUUGAGCUGGCGGCGGAGCGUCUCGUCAGUGCUCUUCAGGCGCAUCCCGUCCUCCCGCCUCCGCCCGAUCCUCACAAAGCCAACAUCCUCAGAUUGUGGAUUCAACAGCCGACAAAUGAACUACAGGAGCAACUCAGGAGGUUUGAAAGCGACAAGGAGACACUGUCACUCCAGGUCGCUGUGCUUACAGACCAAGUGGAAGCACAAGCAGAAAAAAUUGCAGAUUUGGAAAGGACCAUUUCAGAGCAAAAGCGACAGAUCUCUGCUUCUGAAGACCUUUUACAAAGGGAAAUGUUGACAAGGUCAUCGCUUGAGACACAGAAGCUCGAACUUCUUGCAGUCGUCUCUGAAAUGAAGAGGCACGAGUCAGCGCUCGAGAAGGACAACAUCGAUCUGAGGGACAGACUAGCAGAAGAGAAGAGAAAAAACAAACCACCCUUGGCACCAAGGAACCACCUCUACCCUUCUACAUCCACCCCCACCAACUUUUCAGAGCCUAGGAUUUCACCCUCGCCAAGCCCACUGUCAACCCAUUCAAGAAAACUAGACUACUCUGAUUCAAGUCACAACACACCAACAUCACAAAAGGUAAGGUCGUGUUGUUUGUCUGUAAAAGGAAUUAAUUUUUUAACUAAUCGAUUUUUUUGUUUCAAGGUGCUAAUAGGAGGCCAGUACAGGAGUCUUCCACGUGAACAUCAAGGUGAAUCCACUGCCCUGAGGCGGGCUGUUGUCUUCGGUAGGCCAACUGAUCAUCCUCGGUGCUCUUCAGUACCGAAUCUAGCUGAAACCGAAACGAUAGUUAUUGACCGUGAAAAAGACGGGGAACAAUAUACGAAAGAAUCGAGCCCAACUAUGCAGUCAGGGCAGCCAAAAGGCAUCAGGAAAAUUUUUGGGAAGAUGAAACGGAGUGGUUCGGGCAGUCUUGACGAUAUCCCUUCUGAGGAACAAUUUACGAGAGGAGGAGUGAGAUCGACAGCUGGCCCAAGGCUCUGUGGCAACACCCAAGGCGUCAAGAAUGAUAAGCCUUUCUCCGAGUGGACCACUGAUGAAAUCUGUGCUUGGUUCAAGGAGAUGGGGCUUGAAAAUUCACUUCAGGAUGCUAGAAGGUGGGUGAAGACUGGGCAAGUUUUGUUGUCAGCAACACCACAAGAAAUAGACAAAGAGCUUAAUAUAAAGAAUCCACUUCUUCGCAAGAAGCUUCAUCUAGCGCUAGAAGCCGAGAGGGGUGUGGCUAGUGACCCUUACCUAGAGUGCGCAGGGCGGCUUGAGCCCGGGUGGGUGCUCAGGUGGUUGGACGACAUCGGCCUACCUCAAUACAAAGCUAGUUUCUUGUCUGCACGCCUCGACGGCCGGGUGCUUCACAGGUUGAGCAUGGACGACAUCCAGGGUCUUCACAUCAACCUCUCUCUACACCUGGCGAGCGUGCGGACCGGGAUCCAGGUCUUGAGGAAGGAGAAGUUCGAUCCACACUGCCUAAUCCGGCGGUCCGACCCGGAAAACGAGACAGACGAGCGUGUAGAGCUAUGGACGAACCACAGAGUUAUGGAGUGGCUCCGGCUCGUCGAUCUGGCCGAAUACGCUCCCAAUCUUCGAGGUUCAGGUGUUCAUGGUGGUCUGAUGAUCCACGAGGACCGCUUCACGGACACAUUACUCGCCAGCCUGUUAUCGAUUCCGAGCGAGAAGACCUUACUCAGAAGACACCUUUCGACCCAUUUCAAACAACUCCUUGGCCCUGAGAACAUCCAGAAGAAACGCGAGGCCGAAGCAACUCUCGGUUACGUCCCACUAACUAUAAAUCUAAAAAUCAAAGUAGCGAAAAAAUCUCAGUUCACUCUUAAACGUAAAAAGAGCAAAUACGAUGUUGACGAGGGUGAGCUUGUAUGUCCGCUUAAUGACAGCAGGGGAUGUCAAAGCACAACAGGUGACUCUUCGCCAGACAUUGGUAAGUCACCAAAUCACGUGGUUGCCUCUCCUGAUAAAACUUCACUCUCAUCGCAGAGCUCCGGGGGAAAAAAGAAGAACGAGCGGAUCAGCGAUGUCUAAUCUGAUUAUCCACUCUUGAAUUUUUAUACAACCAUCUGAUUCGAAACAGUCGACGAGUGUUCUGCAUGAAACUACAGUAAAUCUAGUGCUCAAUUAUAACAUAUUAAAAAAAAUUGCAUGAACCCUCUUCCAAGAGUAAAUAAUCCAAUUAAAGACCAAAACGGAAACAGCCAUUCUUCAGGGUAACAACGGUGUAAAUCUAUGUGGAAAACUGAAAGGCUGUUGAUUGAGUGUUAAUAAAAAGAAAACAAAACCACUUGCUUGCUAUAUUACAUUGAAUAAUUUUAAAUUUAUUAUAUAGUAUGAUCUUGUAAACAACCAACAGCCCUUUCGCAACAUUUCUAUAAGUAACACUGUAAAUAAUCAAUAUUAAAACUAGGCAAUAAUUUUUUUUUAAAUUUGUACACCCGAUGCUAUUUAACUAAAAGCCACUUUAUUUGCAGUUGCAAUACAAAAAAUGUCUUCCGAUUUGAUUUAAAUGAUCUUAUUCCUAGUGGGACCAAUGAACUUUUCCAAAAUGUGAAACUUUAUGUGGUUGUCGCCCAGGUCCUUGGCGAAACCAGUUUUCUUUUUUUUAAUUUUAUAAUAAAUUUCAUUUCUGUAUGUUUUUUUUUUUUUUUUUUUUUUUACUAACUGACUUGAUUUUUAUUAAUUGAAUUUCUGUUUUAUUUUUGACAAAUGCAGCAAUAAUAAUAAAAUGGCUUUUUAAGGAUUUUGUUAUUGCUAGCUUUAUUAUGUUUAUAAUUUUUAUAAUAAAGGAAUUAAUUAUAUUAUAUUAAAUGAUGUAAUUUAUUAUUAAAAUGUUAAGGAACUAACUUUAAAAAAUAAAAAAUAAAAUGUAAGGAGCAUGAAUUAUGUAAAUGGACUCUUUUCAAGGAGUUGUAUACUAUUGUUAAUAGGAAAUUAUUAUGAUAUGUUGUAAUUUUGGAAAAUUAUAUUUAAAAUUAAUAAAAUAAUAAUUUAACAAACUUAUUAUACUAGCACAUUUGUGCCAAAUAAAUGAAAUAUGAGAAAAUACAGAGGGAAAAAAUGUGAAAAGUUAUAACAAUUUUCUUAUUUCUUCGACAAUAAAAUAUGCCUGUUUUUGAGUAAAGAAUAAUGAAAAAUAUCUGUUGCUAUUAAGAGAACAAAAGAAACAAGAAAUAAUAUAUAUACAAA